GGCAGCAGGAGCAGAGAGCAGCCAUUGCUGUGUCUGGCAGCAGAGGUGUGAAGAAGACAUCUGGUGAGCGUGAGACACCCAGCAGCCAUGCUCAUGUGUCAGGAGGACUGAGCAGGUCCCAGAGCACCAUCAUGGUGCCUCCACCUCACUCACUGAUACAUGAGAGACACAGUGACCAGAAGAUCCAGGAACUCACCAACAAGAUCAUUCCACUGCUGACUGGAGAGGAGGAGGAGUAUAUAGAGGAACACAGGGGUCUGUAUAAGGACGUGAUGAUGGAGAAUCACCGGCCUCUCACAUCACUGGAUGGGCCCAGUAACAGAGAUACCCCAGAGAGAUGUCCCCGUCCUCUGUAUUCCCAGGAUUGUACAGAGGAGAAUCACAGGACCCCACAGGAGGAUCAGGUAGAACGUCUGUCUGAUAUUAAAACAGAAGACAUAGAAGAAGAAGAAGUGACUGAUAUAAAGGAAGAAGAUAUAGAGGGAGAAGAAGAGACGUAUGUGACUGAUAUAAAGGCAGAAGAUACAGAGGGAAAAGAAGAGACGUAUGUGACUGAUAUAAAGGCAGAAGAUAUAGAGGGAGAAGAAGAGACGUAUGUGACUGAUAUAAAGGCAGAAGAUAUAGAGGGAGAAGAAGAGACGUAUGUGACUGAUAUAAAGGCAGAAGAUAUAGAGGGAGAAGAAGAGACGUAUGUGACUGUUAUAAAGGCAGAAGAUAUAGAGGGAGAAGAAGAGACGUAUGUGACUGUUAUAAAGGCAGAAGAUACAGAGGGUGAAGAAGAGACGUAUGUGACUGAUAUAAAGGCAGAAGAUAUAGAGGAAGAAGAACAGACGUAUCUGAAGGGUGAUCAGCAGUGUAAGGAGGAGGAAAUCCCUACAGAUAUCAGCACAGCAGAUGGACACACAAGCAGGAAUAUCUCAGAAGGACAUCUAAUGUUAUCCCCGGAUUGUGACAUAAAAGAUAAUGACAGUAGACAGGAUUCUCCAGGAGAUAACCCCAUUACCCCAAUUAUACAUCCAGCUCUAUCAGCUGAUCCCCCUGAUCCUGGGAAAUGUUCUCCUGAUCACUCUGAUAUUGGUGCAUCUGUUACAGCUCUGACAGUAGAUACAGUGUUUCCCUGUUCUAUAGAUGCCAAAUGUUUUACACAGAACACAAAGCGUAUUAACCCACAGACAGGUAAGGCAAGUGAAAGGCCACUGAUCUGUUCUGAGUGUGGGAAAUGUUUUACAUACAAAUCACAUCUUGUUAUACAUCAGAGAAGUCACACAGGUGAGAGGCCACUGACGUUCUGAGUGUGGGAAAUGUUUUGCACGGAAAUCACAUCUUGUUAUGCAUCAGAGAAGUCACACAGGUGAGAAGCCGUUUCCAUGUUCUGAGUGUGGGAAAUGUUUUACACGCAAAUCAGAGCUUGUUAAACAUCAGCGAAGUCACACAGGUGAGAAGCCGUUUCCAUGUUCUGAGUGUGGGAAAUGUUUUGCACACAAAUCAGAUCUUGUUAGACAUCAGAGGAGACACACAGGUGUGAAGCCAUUUUCUUGCUCUGAGUGUGGGAAAUGUUUUACACAGAAAUCACAACUUGUUACACAUCAGCAAAUUCACACAGGUGAGAAUCUGUUUUCUUGCUCUGAGUGUACGAAAUGUUUUACACGGAAAUCAGAUCUUAUUACACAUCAGCGAAGUCACACUGGUGAGAAGCCAUUUCCAUGUUCUGAGUGUGGGAAAUGUUUUGCACACAAAUCAAAUCUUACUAAACAUGAAAGAAGUCACACAGAUGAGAAGAUAUUUUCAUGCUCCGAGUGUGGGAAAUGUUUUACACGGAAAUCAGAACUUGUUAGACAUCAGAGAAAUCACACAGGUGGGAAGCAAUUUUCUUGCUCUGAGUGUGGGAAAUGUUGUUUAAGUAAAUCACAUCUUGUUACACAUCAGAGAAGUCACACAGGUGUGAAGCCAUUUUCUUGCUCUGAGUGUGGGAAAUAUUUUACACAGAAAUCACAACUUGUUACACAUCAGCGAAGUCACACAGGUGUGAAGCCAUUUUCUUGCUGUGAGUGUGGGAAAUGUUUUACACGGAAAUCAUAUCUUGUUAAUCAUCAGAGAAUUCACACAGGUGAGAAGCCAUUUUCUUGCUCUGAGUGCGGGAAAUUUUUUACACAGAAAUCACAUCUUGUUAGACAUCAGCAAAGUCACACAGGUGAGAAGCCAUUUCCAUGUUUUGAGUGUGGCAAAUGUUUUGCACGGAAAUCAGUUCUCUUUAUACAUCAGAGAAGUCACAAAGGUGAGAAGCCAUUUACAUGUUUUGAGUGUGGGAAAUGUUUUGCACAGAAAUCAGUUCUUGUUAUACAUCAGAGAAGUCACAAAGGUGAGAAGCCAUUUCCAUGUUUUGAGUGUGGGAAAUGUUUUGCACACAAAUCAGAUCUGGUUAGACAUAACAAGUCACACAGGUGUGAAUCCAUUUUCUUGCUCUGAGUGCGGGAAAUGUUUUACACAGAAAUCACAUCUUGUUACACAUCAGCGAAGUCACACAGGUGAGAGGCCAUUUCCAUACUCUGAGAAAUAAGCUUUUGUUGCACACAAUAGACUUCACUCAGGUGAGAAACCAUUUUAAUCUUCUGGAGUAUACUUAUCAUUGCCAUGUAAUGUUCCUCAAGAUUCUGUCCUAUCUCUUAUGCUUUUUGCAAUAUACAUGCAACAGGUCCUUCUGAUAGAAGCUCACCAACAAAGGGCAGGGCUACAGCUCAGCUUUGCAAACCAACCAGACUUAAGCUUGGAGGUUCAGAGUAACAAAAUGCUGAUCAUGGGGGUAAUUCUGAGUUGAUCGCAACAGGAAUUCUGUUAGCAACUGGGCAAAACCAUGUGCACUGUUGGGGAGGCAGAUAUAACAUUUGCAGAGAGAAUUAGAUUUGGGUGGGUUAUUUUAUUUCUGUGCAGGGUAAUACUGGCUGCUUUAUUUUUACACUGCAAAUUAGAUUGCAGAUUGAACUCACCACACCCAAAUCUAACUCUCUCUGCACAUGUUAUAUCUGCCUCUCCUGCAGUGCACAUGGUUUUGCCCAGUUGCUUACAGAAUUUCUGCUGCGAUCAACUCAGAAUUCCCCCCCCAUGUGCGGAAUCUUGGGGGUAAAUUUACUAAGAUGGGAGUUCUAUUUAAGAUGGGAUGUUGCCAAUAGCAAGACAGCCAGACUCCAGCACUUAUUUCCCUCAGAAGAUCUACCUACAGUCAUACAUGCACUUGUAUCAUCACACAUGGACUACUGCAAUGUCCUCUACCUUGGUCUCCCAGCAAAAGAAUUGCACUGCUUGUACAGAAUGCAGCAGCCAGGCUGUUACCUAACCAGCCCAUUCCUGCCACAUAACACCCAUUCUCUGCUCCCUUCACAGGCUGCCUGUAAGAUGGUGACUAUUACAUAAUCUUACUGACUCUCCCAGCCCGACAUGACCAGGGUCCAUGUACCAGAAGCAGCGCCCUGUUUGGUUCCAUCUGCAGAUGAAGGACUGUUACCAGCAGUAUCAUAAUUCCCCAAGCAGUGCUGAGAUGUCGGGUGACACAGGGUAGGCGGCACCUUUGCAGUAGCGGGGGCUGCCAGAGCAGUGUGUACAUAAUGGAAAGCUGCUCAAUCAGAUAGUGAUGUCACUCAGGUGCUAAAAGGGAGGGGUAAAUCUGUGUAGGAAAAACUGUUCCCUAAUGCACACCGAGUGAAAAAUAUUACUACAUAAUAGAUAAUACGGAGAUCUUAGUUGCGUAUAUCUGCAGAUAUAGGGUUAAGCCCCCAGGCCGAUCGACAAGGCUUCUCCGUCACUGGGGGUCCCUAAUACUAGGUAUGGGUCCGGGGUGCAGGACCCCACAAUGGCGGCACAGGUCGGCCACCCCAGGUCAGCACACAUGUGAGAAUAAUGAAUAAGAAGCACAUAAGUGCUAUGUAAGUGGUGUGAUUAAAAUAAUAUAUACAAAGUGAUAGGGAAAAUCAUAAGUGAAGUGUUAAUAAAGUGUUAGGGUGUGCCGACCUGAAGCAGCCCAGUCAUACCGACACAGGGGCCACCACACCCCACACCCACCCCAUAAAUAAUUACAAAUAUGUCUGGGUUAAAUUCCCAGUGUAAGGCCACAUGGUAAUGGCUCCUACAGCAUCUGAGAGCCAGCUUACCUGGGGAUACCCCUGACUUCCCCUAUGGCACUAUGGAGUCAGCAAUCCCUCCUAAUGCUGACCCAUUCAUGCCUCUCUAAAUACAAUACACAAAAUGGAAAGCUGCUCAA